AUGUGGCUUAUCAAUGUCCAAACCCUUCAGCUAGAGGAACAUUUCAACCCCGAUGUCCCUUUCGCAAUCCUCUCCCACACAUGGGGUGCUGAGGAGGUAUCAUUCCAGGAGUUCAAGGCUCUCGACGAAUCUUUGUGGGCAAAGGCUGGGUUCUCUAAGAUCAUCGAGACUUGUCGGUUGGCCAAGUCUCUAGAGCUGCCAUAUGCUUGGAUAGACACAUGCUGUAUCAACAAAACGUCCAGCGCAGAACUUUCCGAGGCAAUCAACUCAAUGUUCCGUUGGUACCAAUCAUCCUCAAUAUGCUUUGCCUAUCUCGCCGAUUUACACGAUGAGGAUCACUCUGACACAUUCCUCGAAAAUUUUAAGGCUUCUCGAUGGUUCACCCGAGGAUGGACCCUUCAGGAGUUGAUAGCCCCUAGCAUGGUGACAUUCUACAAUGCUUCCUGGAAACUACUCGGCUCCAAACAGACCCUUGCCGGUACACUGACAUCGAUUACGGGUAUCGACGGUACAGUGCUGGAGAAAAAGGUCUCAUUGAGAAAAAUCCCGGUUGGAACUCGUAUGUCAUGGGCCUCCAACCGCCAAACGACUCGCGUUGAGGACUUGGCUUACUGCUUGCUUGGUAUUUUUGAUAUCAACAUGCCAUUACUCUACGGAGAAGGGGAAAAGGCUUUUGCUCGCCUGCAGUCGGAGAUCAUGCAGGAGACGAACGACCUGUCUCUCUUGGCCUGGACGUCAGAGACCACGGAUCCUGAGCGGCAGCAGGCAUACAGUGGUGUGUUCGCAACUUCACCAUCUGAGUUCGCGGUCUGCUCGAACCUUAAAGUAACAAAUUCGCCUCAACUUCUAGAUGAAGCCGAGGUUGUCGUAAAGAGGACCUCCUUGCAAAUUGUAGCAAUACUUUACAUUCAAAAGCACGCCGCAGACGAAGCUGACACUUUGGACGAGAGGGAAUACGUUCUAUCAUUACAAUGUAGCGAUGAGCGUGGGACCCCACCAACGCGAUCUGUAAUAGGUAUUUACAUUUCCAAAACACCGUCCGGGUUUCUGCGCCAUAGACCGUGGAGGCUCAGCAUACGUUCAGCAAACACUCUCUGGCCCCACGACAGAAAAGCCAGAUCCCUAAAGCUUCUGAGGCAGAUCAGCACCGAAGACUCUUGGAACAUUCAAGAUACUAGGUUUCAGCGUGCCGUAUUUAUUCGACUAGACAUGAAGAAAACUAGUUUUCGAGCCCGUUUAGGUGCCGGUGAGGCGUCGUCAGCAAUACCAGAUGCUCUGUGGGAUGGCCUGAACACUGUAUUUCUCGACAGAAAUUACGAAGAGUUUCCGUUCGCGCCUCGUCUGAUACAAAUCAACCUGUUGUAUAACAUGAUGGGCCCACCGGUUGGGAGGCUGCUCCUUGUAUCACUAAUGGUCUCUCAAGUUCCAUCCAAAGCUCCCGAACGUUGGGCUAUACUGCUGAGUUACCAGCAAGAUCCGUUAGGUGCUCAUCUUCUGAGCCAACUCGAAGGAUGGGACACGACUUCGGUAUUGAACCAUUCACUGUAUACCACCGUGCAAUCCACGAUGGUAAAAUGGCAAUGGCAGUCGGAUGGCUCUAACGAAUCCAUGCCAUGGGCCGACCCAGCGGAAGGAGUUGCAACACCUAAGAGCCCCACCUCACGGACACUUGAGAUUUGUAGAGGACGGCGAGUCAUAGCAACGGUAAGCAUUCUUUCUAACGACGCAGGACGGGGCGCGUAUGAUGUCUUGGUGGUUCUUCAGGACCUCAAGUGA